AUGGCAUCCCUCUCACUCUCCUCGCGUUCCUCCCUCAUCUCCUUACGACCACUCAUCAACUCAUCCCGACCAUCCUGGUCUCUCCCAUGUAUCGCUUCCUCCUCUUCCUCCACUUCGACCCUCUCCGUGACACCGGUAGCACCCAUUGAGUCAACCAUACCCACAGCGUCAUCUUGGAAAUCUAUACUUCCUUCUUUCUCCCUCGAAUCGAUAAUGGAGUUGAUCCCCCCGAUCGUAUGGGCGAGUGUACCCAAGAAGAAGACUUCGCAUAGUAGGAAGAGUAUGAGGAGUGCGAACAAGGGAUUGAAGAAUAGGACGAACCUCUCGUUAUGCGAAGCGUGCGGUUCGAUCAAACUUACCCAUCAUAUCUGUCCGACAUGUUACUCUCAAAUAUCAAGAAGAUGGAAGAGAGAAGCUAGAGGUGAAUCGCCUUCUGGAGCUAUCACGGAACCAAUACUCGAACACCAACCACAACAGAGUGCUCAACCAUAG